UCCUUCCCAGUGUGGAUAAAAUGCUUGGGACCUGUUCGAUUCAGUCAUAGCACUUGAGUCCUGAGAAAGCCAUAGUCCAUAAUAGAGAUUACAGGUGCAGCCUGUAGUCAUGAAGACUGUUGACCCGUGAUCUUCUCUUGCAUCUGGGUGUCUGGUCUCUCCUGUCUUUUCAGUAAAAGUUAAGAGUCUUAGAUAGCUUUCCAGUGCCCUUGGAUGCAGAUAGAACCUUAACUUUGGAUCCAGGAAUAAGAGGAUCUCUUGGACAAAGACCAGCUGCUGACAACCUCUUCUCUAUUAUCUAAUCUACCUCUUCUAUCCCAGGAAGAUCUGAAGCCGUCAUGGCUACCCCACAAGUGGUAGAGUUUCCCAGAAUCUUUGGUGUUCAUGAUUCUCGACAAAUGGUGUGGAUCCUGAGAGAAAAUUCACUAAUAGCAACUCCUUUUAGCAGGAAUGUCAAACCUGUCAGUCUUGAUUUAAUAACAUGUACAGACAAAGAAUUUCAUGAUGCGGGGAAAGGAAAUCCGGUUUACUUGGGAAUCAAGGGCAACCAUCUUUGUCUCUUCUGUGCAGAAAUUCAGGGCCAGCCUACUCUGCAGCUUAAGGAGAAAAAUAUCAUGGAUAUGUCCAAGGAGAAGAAAGCACAGAAGCCCUUUCUCUUUUUCCAUAGUAGGGAGGGCUCCACAUCUACCUUUCAGUCUGUUUCCUACCCGGACUGGUUCAUAGCCACUUCCACAAUGGCAGGGCAGCCUGUUAUUCUCACCAAGGAGAGGGGCAAAAAUUACACCACUAACUUCUAUUUAGAUCCUGAGGACUAUAAUCAGCCUGGGCUGUGAGAGGCUGAUUCCAGAACAGAGGAUCAAGCAGUCAGAGAACCUUCCAUUCUGAAACACCAUAGGUCAUCUUGAGAGACCAGCAUGCACUGAUGCCCAUCCAUAGCCCAUCUCACUCUCAAUACCCAAAACCACCUCUUCCUUUAGACAUCCUUUUCUGUACCAUGUCUCCCCUCUGAACAUUAUUCUAGUAUAAAACCCAGGUCACUUUUUAAUUCUUUCCAGAUCUUGUCCCGCCAUCCACUUAGCUGCCACAUCCAGUUAAGUCAACAUCCAAAAUGCCUCCUAUACACACCUCUCUCUUCUUUUUCUUUCUGACAACCUAUGGCCUAGAGAUGUGAGUUCCAAACA